AUAAAUAAGUAAAAAUAGUAAGUAUUCACAACAUUAUCAAACUUUUUCAUAGAUUAGUUAUUAAAUCCAAGAUCAGUUAUUAAUAACUACCAAGUAAUAAAUAAAAGAUGAAAGUAAAAAAAACUUCAGAGAAUAUUCAAGAGGUACAAUAUUUUUUUUUAUUUUUUUAACUUAUAGAAGAUUUACCAUGAUACACCAGAAUAAAUAAAAAUGAAGAAAUUAACUUAAAUGCACCAGAAUAGUUCUCUCAAGAUAAAAACAAAAGUACCAACCAACAAAAGUCUAACAAAAAACAUAAUGCAAACGAAUACGGUAAACAACGAAAAGUUGAUCCGUUCGUCGAUAAUCAGUAUCAUUUUGUUCUGUGUGUGCAACACACCAGUGAGCGGAUGCACUUGGGAGGAAAAUAUUAUGCCAGAUAACAUUGGAGGUAUAGCAUCAGUUUUAAGUAAUACACAAAACGAUUGCUGUUUACAUUGUCUGAAUAAUUUUAAUGACACAUUUGCUGCUUUUUUCAUGGAUUCACAGUGCACAUGCUUAAAUGUAAAUCACAAGAGAAUUGCGUCUAAUGGAGCCUAUUACACAUAUAUAACAAGAAAUCCUUUUUUGUUAAACCAAUCAUAUUACGAAUGCGGCGGUUACGGAUCAUUCACAAUACUUACAAUUUAUUAUGUUGUAUAUGAAACUGAUGCUUACAUCUUACAAGUUAUAAACAUGAAUUUGAAUAUGAAUCUCUCAACUUCAAUUUUAAUGAUAAAACCAAAUAUAAAAUUAAUAAAUUUUGAUGGAGCGACAGUUGGAGUGACGUAUAGUGCAUAUCAAAAGGUUGCGUCGAACUUUUUUCAAAAUGUAACACAAACUUUGUUCAACCCACUUUAUACCUUCCAUAAACAUAAUGCAAAAAUAAUGGUGGAAUAAAUACUCCAAAAUUUAGAAUUGCAAUUUUUGUUCUAAUACGAAAUGUUAAUGAUAGCUAAAAGUUGAACACAUCCUAACGCAGUUAAUUUCAAGUUAGUAACCAUACAAUAGCUUGUUUGUCUUCAAAGUACCACUCACAACUUUUUAAGAAUCAACAUGGGUUUUUUUGCGUACAACUUACAUCAGCAAAUGCAAACGUUUAGAAAAAGUAGGAAUUUAACAGACUCUGCACAUCAGAUGAUAUACUUCACUAUGACAUACUUCAUAGAUUAUAUAUACAUAUCAGAUGAAAUAUUUCCAUAGUUAUUGUUUUGUUAUUGAAAUAUUUUAAGUUUAGUUAAA